AUGGCCGCAUACUACCCGCCACCACCGCCGCCGCCGGGUCACUAUCCAACCUACUACCAACCACAACCUCCGCCACCAACGGUGGCACCUAUUCCACCUCCCCUACCUCAUCACCACCCUUACAUAUCUCAGCCACAACCAUCUCCAGCACCUUUUGUAUCCUACGCCACUGUUCCUGCAUAUGUCCCACAUGAUCAGGUCCGCACCCUCUUUGUUGCGGGCCUUCCUGAUGACAUCAAGCCCCGUGAAAUCUAUAAUUUAUUCCGAGAGUUCCCUGGCUACGAAUCUUCUCAUCUCCGUACCCCCUCACAAAAUUCUCAGCCAUUUGCUUUUACUACAUUUACAGACCAGCCGUCUGCCGUUGCGGCCAUGCAUGCUCUGAAUGGUAUGGUUUUCGAUCUUGAAAAGGGAUCAACCCUAUAUAUUGAUCUAGCAAAAUCUAAUUCCAGAUCUAAGCGCUCAAGAACAGAUGAUGAAUGGUCUGGUUUGGAUAAGAAGGCUAGAGGGUCCUCUGGAUUCUCGAUGGGCACUCCUGACUCGGGUUUUGGAAGCGUUCACUUGCCUGGAAUGGCUAAUUCUGCUUUCAACACGAUUGGUUUUCCAUCUGCACAAAGUCUUGGAAGCAUUGAUGAUAGAGCUAGAAAUGAGUCAAAAGCUGGAAGAAUGAAUAAUUCUUCAGCACCCCCAUGUCCAACACUUUUUGUGGCUAAUCUGGGGCAAAGUUGUACAGAGCAAGAGCUGAUUCAAGUAUUCUCAAGAUGCCCUGGGUUUCUGAAAUUGAAGAUGCAGAGCACGUACGGGGCUCCUGUUGCAUUUGUUGAUUUCCAGGAUACUGCCAGCUCAACCGGGGCACUUAAUCAUCUGCAAGGCACCGUUCUCUAUUCAUCAGUUGCUGGCGAGGGCAUGCGGUUGGAAUAUGCAAAAUCACGGAUGGGAAUGCGAAGGAAACCAAGGUAA